AUGGAGAUGACAACUCGGGUCAUCAACGGCGACCUGGAGGACGGCAAGAGCGACUCGUCGGAAGGUGGCGCGGCGCCGGGCGCCGGCAGCGGCCUGCCGGACCGCGGCCCGCCGCCGCCGCCGCCGCAGACCAUCGCGCGGCGCUACACGGAGCCGCCGCCAGAGGAGGCCACCGACCUCGAGGAGCUCGAACAGUUCGCCAAGACGUUCAAGCAGCGUCGCAUCAAACUCGGAUUUACGCAGGGCGAUGUUGGCCUGGCUAUGGGGAAAAUGUACGGCAAUGACUUCUCCCAGACCACCAUCUCUCGCUUCGAAGCACUCAACCUCAGCUUCAAAAACAUGUGCAAGUUGAAACCGCUCCUGCAAAAAUGGCUGGCAGACGCCGAUAGUUCGAUGUCCAGUCCGUCGCACGUGACACCGCCGCACAGCACGGCCGACUCGAUGGGCCGCCGCCGCAAGAAGCGCACCUCGAUCGAGACGGGCGUACGCGUGGCUCUGGAGCGCGCCUUCCUGCACAACCCAAAGCCCACUUCGGAGGAGAUCUCCAUGCUGGGCCGCUCGCUCUGCAUGGAAAAGGAGGUGGUGCGCGUCUGGUUCUGCAACCGUAGACAGAAACAGAAGCGCAUCAGCACGCCGACAGCGUCGAUGGGCUCGCCGCAGCCGGCGUUCCCGGCCUACUCCAGCGCCAACUCCGCCGGCUCGGUGCCGUCGCCCAACUCGCUGCCGUCGCCCAUCUCGCCGCCGCUAUCGUCGCCGCUGCCGCUGGUCACCUCGCCCCAGUACGCCACCGCGCCGUCUCCCGGCAGCCAGCCCUACAAGGACUGA